AUGUCUCAUGGCUCUUCCACAGGAACAUCACUCUCAGGCAAAGGGUUACAUACACGAACUAAUAAUGUAGAUGUUAGUCUAUGGCAUAGAAGGAUGAGACAUGCACCUGAACGAAUAAUCAGACAAUUGUUUGGGUUAUCUUCACUUGAUAAUUUGCAUAUGAUUGACAAUUGUUCUAUUUUCCCCUUGGCUAAGCAUACCAGAUUGCCUUUUCCUAAGAGUACUACUAAGGCUGCAACUAUUUUUUAUCUACUACAUAUUGAUGUAUGGGGUCCCUAUCAUGUACCCACGUUUGAUGGCAAUAAAAUGUUCCUUACUGUUGUUGAUGAUCAUUCCAGAAUCACUUGGUUAUUUUUGCUCAAAUUGAAAUCUGAUACUGUAGUUGUGUUGAGGCAAUUUCUCACAAUGGUUCAUACUCAAUUAAAUACAAAAGUCAAGGUGACCAGGUCAGAUAAUGGCAAUGAAUUUUUUAAUGCUGAGUGUUCCAGUCUGUUUCAUUCUUUUGGUAUUAUUCACCAAAUAACAUGUGUCUACACCCCUCAACAGAAUGGUGUAGCUGAGAGGAAUCAUAGACACAUUCUGGAAAUGGCUAGAGGUCUGAGAUUUCAGGGAAGCAUUCCAAUCAGGUACUGGGGUCAUUGUGUUCUUGGUGCUGCAUACCUUAUCAAUCGACUGCCUUCAGUAAUAUUGAAUAGUAAAAGCCCCUAUGAGCUGUUUUAUGGGAGGAAGCCCAACCUAGAUCAUAUCAGGACCAUAGGUUGUCUUUGUUAUGCUAAGAAGACGCCAGUCUAUGAUAAGUUUGAUGCUAGAGCCAUUGAAGCUGUGAUGAUGGGUUAUUCUGCAACUUCCAAAGGUUACAUAUUGUUGAACAUUGCUACCUCCACUUUUUUUGUCAACAGGGAUAUGGUUUUCAAGAAAUCCACAUUUCCUUUUCAAACACACUCUGAUACAAGAGAACCUUUUUUUCAGCAUACUGCUGUUCUUGAUCCUUUUGAGCUGGACUCACCUGUUCUACCUGUCCAACCACCUCCUAUUGUUCCUCCUGCUGCUCCACCAUCACUCCCUCCACCAUCUUUGAGGCACUUAACUAGAGUUAAGACACAACCAGCCUGGAUGACAGACUUUAUCACUACCUCAGCAUCUCUUCCUCCUUCUACUCUUCAUCCUAUUAGUUCUUAUCUAUCCUAUUCCUCUUUACAUGCUUCCUACAGAUCUUUCCUUGCUGCUUUAACCUCUAUAGUUGAACCUAAAACAUUUCAAGAGGCUGCUACUGAUCCUCUUUGGAUUGAGGCCAUGCAAUCUGAGAUCACAGCUCUUCAGGAUAAUCAGACUUGGGAGGUGGUUCCUUUACCUGCAGGUAAGGUUCCCACUGGCUGCAAAUGGGUUUUUAAAGUAGAGUAUCAUGCCAGUGGUGAGGUAGAGAGGUAUAAGGACAGGAUAGUGGCUAAGGGCUAUACACAACUUGAAGGACUAGACUAUCAUGAGACAUUUUCUCCUGUGGUUAAAAUUAUGACUGUUAGGGUUGUGAUGUCUAUAGCUGCUACUGCAGGCUGGUCUAUUGAACAAAUGGAUGUCCAUAAUGAUUUCCUACUGGUGAUCUUCAUGAUAAGGUCUACAUGCACUUGCCACAAGGUUUUGCAAGCCAGGGGGAGAAACCUGAGCUGCUUUGACUAUUCUUUGUUCACAAAAAGGAUAGCAAGUUACAUUGUUGUGAUCUUAGUUUAUGUGGAUGACAUGUUGGUUACAGGCAACAACAGGACACUGAUUCAGUCAACUAAAGAAGGUCUGCAACAUAUCUUUAAAAUGAAAGAUCUUGGAGAGUUAAAGUUUUUUCUGGGAAUAGAAUUCUCAAGGUCUCAUAAAGGAAUUUUAAUGAACCAAAGAAAGUAUGCCUUGGAGCUGAUAGGAGACUUAGGCUGGAGUGGUUCAAAGCUAGCCUGGACACCUUUGGAGUUCAACCAGAAAUUCACAACAAAGGAACUAGAUGAACUCACAGGAAUAAGUGAUGAUGAGCCCUUAGAGGAUAAGGGAAAAUAUCAGAAACUGAUUAGGAAGCUCUUAUAUUUGACACUUACUAGGUUGGAUAUAGCAUUUGCAGUUCCGACUCUUAGCCAGUUCAUGCAACAACCAAAAAAAUCUCAUUGGGAAGUAGCCUUAAGAGUAGUCAAAUACAAUAAGAGGGAGCCUAGAAUGGGAAUUUUAAUGAGCAGCAGUGGAGACAACACAUUGACAGCAUUCUGUGAUGCUGAUUGGGCAUCAUGCCCUAAUACCAGAAAUGUUGAGGAAGAUGAAGAAGCUCUCAAGUGGUCUGCUCUAGAGAAAUUACCUACUUACGAUCGUUUAAGAAAGACAAUCCUUGAAACUUACGUGGAGAAUGAGAAUAAUCAAGGGGAUUACGACAAGGUGAUCCACAGGGAAGUUGAUGUUCAGAAGCUUGGUAUGCAUGAGAGACAACAAUUUAUUGAUAAACAUUUCAAGGUUGCUGAGGAAGACAAUGAGAAAUUCUUGAGAAAGUUCAGAAAUCGAAUCGAUAGAGUAGGAAUUAACCUUCCUACAGUUGAAGUUCGUUUCGAGCAUCUAACUAUAGAAACAGAUUACUAUAUCGGAGACAGAGCUCUUCCAACGCUACUGAAUGCAGCUAUUGUUGAAUCUGCUCUGAUUUGUUUAAGGAUUAGGUUGGCUGAAAAAACCAAACUCACAAUACUUAAAGAUGCUUAUGGGAUUAUCAAACCUUCUAGGAUGACCCUUCUAUUAGGGACGCCUUCCUCUGGGAAGACGACCCUUUUGUUGGCUUUGGCUGGAAAAUUAGACCAUAGCUUAAAGGUUAGAGGAGAAAUCACUUACAAUGGCUAUGAUCUCGAGGAAUUUGUACCCCAAAAAACAUCAGCAUACAUUAGACAAAAUGACAUUCAUGUUGGAGAAAUGACUGUGAAAGAGACCUUAGAUUUCCCUGCUCGAUGUCAAGGGGUUGGCUUUCGAUAUGAACUUCUGGAGGAACUUACUAAGAGGGAAAGGGAAGCUGGAAUAUUCCCAGAGGCGGAAAUAGAUCUUUUCAUGAAGGCGACUGCUGUGGAGGGAGUCGAAAGCAGUCUCAUUACCGAUUAUAUGCUCAGGAUUUUGGGACUUGAUGUCUGUCGAGACACGAUUGUUGGACAUGAAAUGAUACGAGGCAUUUCAGGUGGCCAGAAGAAGCAUCUCACCACAGGGGAGAUGAUUGUUGGAUCGACAAAAACACUAUUCAUGGACGAGAUAUCUAAUGGACUAGACAGCUCAACGACAUUUCAGAUAGUAAAAUGUUUACAACAGAUGGUACAUCUCACAGAUGCCACCAUCUUGAUGUCCCUCCUUCAGCCUGCUCCGGAGACAUUUGAUCUCUUUGACAAUAUCAUUCUCUUAUCAGAAGGCGAGAUUGUUUAUCAAUGCCCUCGUGAACAUGUCCUCGAGUUCUUUGAAAGCUGUGGUUUUAAAUGUCCAGAGAGAAAAGGUGUUGCUGACUUCUUGCAAGAGGUCACAUCAAGAAAGGACCAAGAGCAAUAUUGGGAAGAUAGAAGCAAGCCAUACAAGUACAUUUCAGUAACUGAAUUUGGAAAAAGAUUUAAGCACUUCCACGUGGGCUUAUGGAUAGAAAAUGAACUCUCAAUUCCUUAUGAAAGAUCAAGAAGUCACAAAUCAGCUUUAGUGUUCAAAAAGUACACGGUUCCAACACUAGAGCUAUUAAAGGCCAACUUCGACAAGGAAUGGCUUUUGAUCAAGAGAAACUCUUUUGUCUAUAUUUUCAAGACUGUCCAAAUAAUCAUUGUUGCGAUUAUUGCAUCAACCGUAUUCUUGAGGAGUAACAUACACAUUACAAAUGAAGAUGAUGGUUAUAUCUACAUUGGUGCACUAUUAUUUGGAAUGAUCAUUAAUAUGUUCAACGGUUAUUCUGAACUUUCACUUACCAUACAGAGACUUCCCGUGUUCUACAAGCAUAGGGACAACCUCUUCUAUCCACAUUGGGCAUUCACUCUACCAACUAUUCUCCUGAAAGUACCAAUAAUUGUGUUUGAGUCUGUCGUAUGGACGGGCACCACAUAUUAUACCAUAGGCUUUGCCCCUGAAGCUAGCAGGUUCUUCAAGAAACUAUUGUUGAUAUUCCUGAUCCAACAAAUGGCUACCGGAAUAUUUAGGCUCAUUGCCGGAGUUUGUAGAAAGAUGGUUAUUGCACAUACUGGUGGAUCUCUCACUCUCCUUCUGGUGUUCCUAUUGGGUGGUUUUAUCCUCCCUAAAGGAUCCAUUCCAAACUGGUGGAGAUGGGGCUUUUGGAUAUCACCUUUUUCCUACGGGUUCAACGCCUUAACUAUAAAUGAGAUGUUUGCUCAAAGGUGGAUGAGCAAAUAUGCCUCAGACAACACAACGACGUUGGGCGUGCAAGUGAUGAAAAACUUUGACGUCUUCCCUGAAAAAGGAUGGCUUUGUAUAGGCACUGCUGCACUACUGGGGUUCACAAUUCUCUUUAAUAUUCUUUUCACUUUUGCCUUAAUGUACCUCAAUCCUACAGGGAAACCACAAGCUAUUAUAUCCAAAAAGCAAGCAAGAAAUGUUGAAGGUGAUCAAGAAGAAGGAGAAAAGAAAAUCCGGUGUAUGAGUAGUCGGGCCAUAUCCAAAGGCGUUCACAUAAAUGAUGACGCAAAGAAAGGAAUGAUUCUUCCGUUUACCCCUCUGGCAAUGUCCUUCGACAAUUUGAAUUAUUUUAUAGACAUAACACCUGAAAUGAAGGACCAUCUAGUGUCUGAGGACAAACUCCAACUACUUCGUGGAGUAACCAGUGCGUUUAGGCCAGGAGUCUUGACUGCUUUAAUGGGAGUCAGUGGAGCAGGGAAGACUACACUCAUGGACGUUCUAGCAGGACGAAAAACAGGUGGUUAUAUCGAAGGUGACAUAAGAAUAUCCGGGUUUCCAAAGAAGCAAGAAACCUUUGCUAGAGUUUCAGGUUAUUGUGAACAAACUGAUAUACACUCACCUCAAGUAACUGUCCAUGAAUCAUUAAUAUUUUCGGCUUUCCUCCGGCUUCCUAAAGAAGUCAGCAAUGAGGAUGAGAUGAUUUUUGUGGAUGAAGUAAUGGAUUUGGUUGAGCUAGACAAUCUCAAGGAUGCAAUCGUCGGGCUUCCAGGAGUUACUGAUUUAUCAGCAGAACAGAGAAAGAGAUUGACCAUAGCAGUUGAGCUUGUUGCCAAUCCUUCAAUUAUAUUCAUGGACGAACCAACGUCUGGUCUGGAUGCAAGGGCAGCAACUAUUGUUGUGAGAACCGUUAGAAACACAGUGGAUACUGGGAGAACUGUUGUGUGUACAAUUCACCAACCAAGUAUUGAUAUUUUUGAAGAAUUCGAUGAGCUACUUCUUAUGAAAAAAGGAGGACAACUAAUCUACGCUGGGCCAUUAGGUCGACAUUCUCAGAAAAUUAUUGAGUAUUUUGAGGCAAUUCCGGCAGUUCCUAAAAUUAAAGAGAAAUGCAAUCCAGCCACCUGGAUGCUAGAUGUGAGUUCAGUCGACUCAGAGAUUCGACUAGGAAUUGAUUUUGCUGAAUACUAUAACUCAUCAGCUUCAUAUCAAGAAACUAGCAGUGAUUUAACAACAAUCAUUGGGGCAAUGUACACAGCUGUUCUGUUUGUUGGAAUCAACAAUUGUUCAACUGUACAGGCAAUUGUAGCCGUUGGAAGAACCGUCUUUUAUCGAGAAAGAGCAGCUGGAAUGUUAGCAUUACCAUAUGCUAUGGCACAGGUCAUUUCUGAAAUACCUUACAUUAUUAUCCAAACUACAUACUACACUCUUAUAGUGUACACAAUGGUUGGAUUUGAGUUGACAGCAACUAAAUUCUUCUGGUUCUAUUUUGUGACCUUCUUCUCCUUUCUAUAUUUUACGUACUAUGGAAUGAUGAUUGUUGCCAUCACACCAAACCACCAUGUAGCUUCGAUCUUUGCUGCAGCUUUCUUCUCACUUUUCAAUCUCUUCUCAGGUGUCUUCAUCCCCCGACCAAGAAUUCCAAAGUGGUGGAUUUGGUAUUAUUGGAUUUGCCCGGUGGCAUGGACUGUGAACGGGUGCAUUGUCUCACAGUAUGGUGAUGUCGAAGAUACCAUAAAAGUUCCAGGAAUGUCUAUUGACCCUAAGAUUAAGGACUACAUCAUAGACCAUUUUGGAUAUAAUCCAAACUUCAUGGGACUAGUUGCCACAGUGUUGGUCAGUUUUGCAGUCUUUUAUGCAUUUGUGUAUUCCUACAGCAUUAAGACACUGAACUUCCAGAGGAGGUAGAUAGAUC